AUGUUAGUUUUGCUUCGGUUAAGAAAAUAUAUGAACCGGAUAUUUGGUCUUAUAAUUUUUAUGCUAAUAAUUAAUUUUCAAGACGUCAUUCCUAGUUUGCUGGACUUAAACAAAUAUGUGAAAAUUUCACUAUCCAAUAUUUCCAGAGUUGAUAGUGAUUCGAAUAAACCAAAAAUAGAUAAUCGAGUCAAACGUCAAGUUGAUCCUUCCAUUCCGAUAGUUACUUCGAAUAAUUUGAUAUACUCAACGGAACUGAGAAUAAUAGCUGGUGCAGUGUGCAAAUCCCAGUGUUUACAAGAUGUUCGGAGAAAUUGA